AUGGACAUAUCGGUUCUGCCCAACAACAACCACCCGGAUAAGUUAUUUCAGCUGGACGUGGGGAUGCUGCCGGCCACCCACGGGAUGUUCCAGGUCGGGGCAGCUCUGUCGGGGCAGAGGCAGUGGAGUAACCAAGUCUAUCAACAGAGGGAACGUAGGACUGUGAGUGACACUAGGCCUUCCCCGUCCCCCGAGGGCAGCCCUGUGGUGUUUGUGGACAGAUACCUGGAGAAGCACAUCACGCCGCACACCUUGAAUUCCAAGAUCAAGAGGAACCCUCUGUACACAGACAUAAGGACUAUAGACAUGGGGGAGAACCAGAAGUCCAAACCCUCCUGGACCAUCCAGGAGUUUGACAGACACUCAAUCCACUCCAACCUGGCAGGCUAUCUAAAGGAAGAAGAAAAAGGACCACGGGAUCUAGAUUUUUGGUUGGAGGAUGUCUACACACCUGGUUACGACUCCUUGUUAAAGAAGAAAGAAGCGGAGAUUAAAAGGAACAGACUUUGCAAAAUACUGACCUAUGUCAUUCUGUCAGUGUGCGUCAUCAUUAUCAUCAUCACAGUGCCAAUUGUAGUCACCAGAAAUGUAAAUAAACCGUGA